AUGAAACCAGUCAUCGUCCUCAGCACAUUCACAACCAUUCUCGCCUUGGGCAUUUCGCUUCCCCCCAAGAGUGAGGAUCAGGCCCAUGCUGACAACCAUGACCUCUCCGAGAGACAAGUCUAUUACUGCGACAAAUACAGCGCCGGGCUCUGCGCUUGCUUCUGCCGCUACAACAAGUAUGAUUACUACAAGUGCGCUCCGAAUUACUGCCAGUGCUACAACGUGUACGCACCGGACUGCUAUUACGCGUACUACUACUACUCGUCUGGUGGCUAUCCUUCGCCAGCGGAGUAUGAAGUCCACCCGCCUAAGUACCCGCACUGUCCCGCGUAUCCAUACUGUAGCGAGCGGCCGUACACGAGUGAGUAUACAACGUCGACUACCUACACGUCCACGGUUACGGAUCAUCCUACAACCACGUCUGACGGCGGCGCCAGUGGUGAUUCUUCACCUACUGAUGGUGCCGGUGGGACCUCCCCUGGCGGCUCUUCCCCCACCAACUCUCCUGGAGGUGGAGGAUCCUCACCCGGCGGCUCUUCUCCUAGUAAUCCUCCUUCUGGCGGCUCUACCGGAGGGUCCACUGGAGGAUCUUCUGCUGGUGGAUCUUCUGGAGGAUCUACUGGAGGAUCUACCGGGGGCUCUACUGGAGGAUCUACUGGAGGCUCUUCUGGUGGAUCUUCCGGCGGCUCUACUGGAGGUUCUUCCUCCGGCAGCUCGUCACCUGGUGGAUCCUCUGGAGACUCUGUUCCAGGAGGCUCCUCUCCUGGCGGCUCUUCUCCGGGCGGGGGCUCAGGAAGAGGUGGAAGUUUGCCUUCCAGCGUACCCUGA